GAGAUCCAAUGAAUCUCCCAGGAUUCAUGGAAGGCCAUUGUUUACAGCUUGCUAUAUAAGGGGCUUCAGUUCCCAGAGAAUUCCAUUCCAACUCUCUCUCUCUCUCUCUCACUCACUACAGCUUUGAACACGCAUUGCCUUCUGUCAUACAGCAGAAGUUGCACUUGCAAGUUCAAACGCUGAAGUGAGUUGCCUACCAUUCUCUGACUCGAACGACUCUUGAACUUCACUCAGCUUUGAAAACCUCACCUCAGCUACAAUGGCUUACCAAAAGGUAGCAAUUGUCCUGAUCGCUAUGAUGAUCUGCGCUCAAGUCAGUGCACAAGGUCCAGUGUCAGCACCUGCACCUACAUCAGGCACGGACGCUCCAUCCUCAUCUCCGGUCACAACGCCUGUUGUAGCCCCUGUUCUUCCACCAGUUGUCUCUACCCCACCUACAGUUGCUCCUAUGGUCUCCACCCCACCCACAAGUGUUCCUUCGGUUGUUCCUACCGUGGCACCAACCGUCGCUCCUUCAAUGACUCCUUCGGCCGUUCCAGCAGUUGCCCCAGUUUCCGAAGUUCCCACUACAUCCGAAUCAGCACCUGCUCCAGGACCAUCAACCGAAACUAGCUCUGCAGUGACAGUCGGCACCUCUGGCUGGAGCAUGCUCGUGAUGUCCAGUGGUCUUUUGGUGGCCUUAGCUUACUGACGAUUUGAAGAACCCGGGAAACAUGCUGUGCUCGCGGAUCGAACAGCUUUCGGCAGAGGAAUAUAGUGGAUGAGUAUUAGUGGAUGCUUUACUAGAUGGGAAUUGAAGGUUAGUCGCUCCUUGCGUCUUUGUUAUAUACCGAGAACUGUAUCUGCAGUAUUAUGAACGGUAGUGGAGUAGAAUAGAUCCUAGCUCCAACAUCGUACUUGCAGUAGCUCGAAUUACUCGAAGAUGCGAACCUUAAGCAUGUGGUACGUGCAAUAAGCCACUGCUUACUGGAUUUUAAGCAGUAUUUCAUGAGUACUGGCAGAAUAUCUUUGUUGAGAAUAAACAUGUAGAUCUCAGCAACCUUAUAGAAGAAUAAUGAGGUCAGCAGGCUAGCUGAUCAUUCUUGAGGCAUGUAUCAAUUAUCAUCUGAACACUGAACAUCAAGCAGUGAUGACUUUAUGGUCAUCAUUCUGUGCAUUCUAUUGACCUACAUUGUGAAAGCGUUA